AUGCGUUCCGCUCAAUUCUUUGCCCUCGCGAUGGCUGUCGCUACCUCCGACGCCAUCUCUCAGGGUUUCAACUACGGCUCCACCAAGGUCGAUGGCAGCGUCAAGACCCAAUCCGACUUUGAGACCGAGUUUACAACUGCCAAGAAUCUCGUUGGAACCGACAAUGCCUUCACCAGUGCCCGUCUGUACACCAUGAUCCAGGGUGACACAACCAACACCCCUAUCUCAGCCAUUCCCGCCGCUAUCAAGGAGAAGACCACCCUUCUCCUGGGUCUCUGGGCUUCCGGCGGUGACAUGAGCAACGAGAUUGCUGCCCUCACAUCCGCCAUCAGCACCUACGGCGAUGACUUCACAGACCUGGUCGUCGGUAUCUCCGUCGGCAGUGAGGAUCUUUACCGUAACUCCGUCACUGGUGUCAAGGCCAAGGCUGGUCUCGGUAUCGACCCCGACGAGCUUGUCGACUACAUCACCCAGGUCCGCUCCGCCAUCUCCGGCACUUCCCUGAGCGGUGCCCCCAUCGGCCACGUCGACACCUGGAACUCCUGGACCAACAGCUCUAACUCUGCCGUCAUUGAGGCCGUUGAUUGGCUCGGUUUCGAUGGAUACCCUUACUACGAGAACACCGACCCCAACUCCAUUGACGACGCCAAGUCCCUCUUCAACAAGGGCGUUGAGAAGACCAAGGCUGUUGCCGGUGGUAAGGAGAUCUGGAUCACCGAGACCGGCUGGCCCACUUCCGGUUCUACCGAGAACCUCGCUGUCGCCAGCGUCGCCAACGCCAAGCAGUACUGGGACGAGGUUGCUUGCCCCCUGUUGGGCAACACCAACACCUGGUGGUACAUUCUCGAGGAUGCCGGUACUACCGCCCCUAGCUUCGGUGUCACUGGUUCAUCCACCGACACCACCCCUCUGUACGACCUGAGCUGCAAGGCCUCCACAUCUUCCAGCUCUGCUGUUGCUUCCUCCACCUCGGCCGCUGACAAGACUGCUACCGCCGGUGCCUCCACCACUACUGCUGGCUCUGGCUCUGGCUCUGGCUCUGGUUCCAGCUCCGGCUCCGGCUCCGGCUCUGGUGCCUCUGCCUCUGCCUCCGGCUCUUCUCCCGCUGCCUCUUCCGUCAGUGCCUCCGCCCCUGGUGUGACCAUCGGUGCCCGUCCCUCCACCAAGCCCAAGUCCAAGAGCGCUUCCGCUGGAUUCGCCUCUCGCACUGCCUCUGGAUCCGCCGCUUCUGCCACUGGUGGCAGCAAGUCCGGCUCAGGAUCUGGUUCCGGCUCCUCUUCCUCCGACUCUGCCGCUGCCUCCUCAAGCGUCCCCGUCAGCUCUGCUACCCGUGUCGCCGGCUCUGCUGCCGGUGCCCUGGUUGCUGCUCUCGCUCUCGCUUUCACUUUCUAA